UUUCUCAGCGUGGACAAAAGACGAGACGUCCAUCCAUCGUCUCUAUGACCCUGAUGCAAAUGAGCCAAAUAAAAGCAAGCAAUCAUUUCCCUAAUUGGGUUUGUGCCGUUUUAACGUGUUAACGGCGUCUCUAGAUUAGAGAGAAGGUCAGUUCCUCAUGGUGACAGUUACUGUAGAGUCCACCAUCACAACACCUUGUUGAUCUCCGUCAUCAGCCUCCUUACAAUCUUUACAUAAUAAUACAGCUACAUCCUCAAGAUAAAGAACACCAUCGUCUGCGUACUGACUCACUUCUUAAAUCAUCGCUCAUCAAACCAAAAUGUUUCACUAAAUGUUUAUUAUGUUUCAUUAGACAGAGCAAAGAAAGUCUUUGUUAAAGUUUAGUUUGGUGACUCUUGAUGAUUUAAGACUUAGAUCUCUAUAAAUUAUAAAUAUUCAUCAUUAAAUAAACUUGAACAAUUAAAAAGCAGCUCAUCAUCAUCAUCAUCAUCUUCUUCAUGGAGCCUGAGCAGAGGACGGAGGCGUCUCAGCUCCCAGCAGAUGAACAUGUGAGUCAGAGCUGUGUCCAACAGAUCCAGAGACAGCCCAGGCUGGACUCAGACAGCUGGGGACACGCUUUGCAGCCAGUGUUUCAGGACAGUGACCUGUCUCCAGCUCUGCCUCUGCUGCCUGCACACUCUGAACAUGCGUUCACUGAAUAUUCUUUGUUCCAGCACAGUGACAGUGAAUUUGUCCCUCUGAGGGCGUACCCGGACGUUUCCAUGGCAUCAGAGAGGCUCCACGUUCCACGCCAGGAUGGCGCCUCUCAGGCCUCCGAGUGUGGCUCGCUGUCCCAGCAUCCUUUGGUCCUGUCUGAGGAGGGAGCAAACAGCUGCUUGUCUCUGUCUCAGCACAGUUUGUCUCCAGGGGAGGAAGACGGACAAAAGGAAGCUUCACAGCUUCCACUGACGUCCAGAGAAGACGCAGCGAGCAGAGAGAAGGACUCCAGGGCGCUAACUGGCCCUCCAGACAAGCCAGGAGGAGAGGAAGCUGAAGACGAGACCUUCUUUCUGAGGAAGGAAGUUCCUGCUCAGCAUCUCCUGGAGCUCCUUCAGAAAGACAUGGGCAUGCCGAGCAGCAGCAGCAGUGCUGUGUCCUCUGCCUCCGAGACCUCAGUGAAGACGGCUGCGUCUUUCACUGUUCAGUCUAAAGGCACUCAGGUUUGCACAGUUAGAAGAGAAGGACCUCCAGGUGAAGCUUCUCAUGCACAGAAGAAACAACAGCCUGAAAGAGAUUUGUGCCCUGACGGAUCACGAACAUCUGAGGCGUGUAACAUCACCACGGGGCUCCGCGACACCAGGCCCGAUGACGACAGUGAAGAGCUCCACAGAGAGCUGCUGUCUGAGGUGGAGAGGCGCAGCCGUGAAGCCGACUCCAACAAACAGCUGCAGAAGAGUCCGACACCGCCCGGGCGACCCCUCACACACCAACGCAUGGAGACGUCUGAAGGACUCAGUGUGAGCAGGAGAAAUGUGGGCCGGGUGCCGUGGACGGGCCCGUUUUCAGCAGGUCACAGAGAGCCGGACCUCUGGUCCCCCGGGAACCAAACGGGGAUUGACGGGUCCUACCUGGGUUUCCUUCCACAGUCUCAGUCCACUCCAGGUGUGUUUAAGGCGCCUUCCAAAUCCAGCAUGAAGGCUGCAUUAGGACAGCUCUCUGCCAUCGAGUCCAGUAAAGACAACUCUGAGACCUCUCCACAGCCGGCUGGUCCUGUGGCUGAUCAUCACACAUCAGAUCAGGAGGUGUCCUCUGCUAAAGUCCAAGCUCUGCCAAGUCUCACAUACCAGCAGAAGGUAGACGCCUGGAGGGCCAAUCAGAGUUCAGGAAAGACCUCGCUGUUUGAUAGUUUGGCACUGCAGGGCUUCUCUGGAGUUUCUCCUAAAAAGAAAGCUUACGAUGCCGUGUCCGACAGCCUGAACCGCAUCCUGAGUCAGCAGACGAGGAGUUUACAGCCGCAGCCUCCUCGUUCAGGCGCCGCCGAGCAGAAUGUGACCCAAGGCUCGGCUUCAAGAAGAGGGGAGGCGGUGGGCAGUGACCCCGAUAACACCGGGUCAGCCACUCGACCCUCUGCCUCGCCCUUCGACAGGUCACAGUCCCACUCCUCUCUGAGCACAGUCGUCACGUCAGCCAGGAAGCAUCAGCAGACGGAGAGACUUCAGGACGACGUCCAUCAUGAGCCGAGCGCCCCGCUUCAACCCUCGCCGCUCGCCAGCCUCGGACACUUCAUCGACGUGUCACCUGAUCGAGAUCUGACGAGUUCCCAGGAUAGUUACAACAGUGGCAUCAAACCAGGAACCUCCAUCGGAGCUUCUUCUGUUGUCAGCCUGGAGGUCGAUAACUACGCCCCGUACUGGACUUCAAAACCAUCAACACCACCUCCUCCACCCAGACCUCGAGAGCUCAACAUUGAAGAACGAAUCCCGCUGUAUCUCCAUAACCUCGGCAUUGACCAAUCACCAUCAACGAUCUUAACCCCAUUUGCACCCAGAGGGCCAAUCAGAGAGCCCGAAUUCUCUCCCACUGAUUUCUGCACAAUUAAAGGAUCUAUAGGAACUCCAACCAAGAGCGCCCAGCUCUCUGAAGGUGGCACUCCUCAUAAAGGAGAGUUCUCCAGGUCCAGCCUUCUGUCCGUGGACUCCAGCAUGUCUCUCCCGAUCAGCCUGGACAGUCUUGGUCCAGCGGCCUCAGUCCCCGAGCGGACCGAGCGUCCUCCUCCUUCAUCUGACAUAGAAGAUAUCCAGAGUGAGCGCAGACUGGCGGUGUCCUCGCAGCCCGAUGAAGACUCUUAUCCGUCCACCGUGCAGCAGCAGAGGGACAGCAGCUUAACCAGCAGCCAGAACACCAUCCAGAGAGGAGAGCGGUCCGGUUCUGACCUCUCGUUAGCUGCAGAGGCUCGCUGUGUAGGUCCAGAGUCACCUUUGCAGAGCGCAGAGGUUUCUUUUGUCAGCUCCAAGGCCUUGUUGGAGAUCCGUAAGUUGCUCUCUCAGGCGGAGAACGCGGCAUCUGCGUCCUCCUCCUCCCCCGCAGCGCCCCGCCUGCUCUCUGAUGAUGACAUAUUCCUCUCGCUGAGGAAGAAAGCCAGCGGCCUCCAGGACUCCUCGUUCUCCUCCUCUGCUACCCGACAUCCCAGAAGUCCGUCCUCCCUGCUGUGGGGCAGGUCCUCGUCCGACUCCAUGCUGUCCUCAGACAAACUGAGAGAAAGUUCUGUUUGUCGAGAGAGUUUGACGUCAUCAGGACGACCCAGUCAUCCGUCAGCCGGAGGCAGAGGUGCAGGCUCGUCCUUUGUCCUGUCCCAGUCAGCCCGGCGUGCAGAGCCCGAGGGCUGCAGCGCUGCUCCACCCGACAACACAGUCCCACCAGCAGCCACCGUGCCUUCACCAGCUCUGAGUGCACAGCUCACCUCCAUGCCUGCAGACCUGCAGGGCGUCACAGAGGAGGAACACCAGAGCAGCUCCUCCUCGCCUGUCCUCCAGGACGACGAUCAGGCGGCGCUGAGCGACGGGAGCAGUGACGGGAGCAGCGAGAGCUCGCUGGCAAUCAGAGUGGCCAAGUUACUGCAGAGUGAAUCUCCGGCCACCAUGAUGUCCAGCACGCCGAGCGUCACCGACCAGGAGGAGGGCAAAGCCAGAGAGUGGAUCAAGCUGAAGAUAUCAGGACAGAGGUGUGAACAUCUGGAGCUGGACAAAGAAGACAGGAAGCGGAUCGAAGAGAUCAAGCGAGAGCUGCUGAAGAGUCAGGGCAGCACAGACACAGAGAGCAGCGCAGCGUCCAGCCUCAGAGUCCUGAGAGACAGUCAGCAGGCGGAGACGUUCUCCACCCUCGCUGACGUCAACAAGCAGCAGAGCCUCGACACCACCGACCCGUCUGAGUCCAGCGAGCAGCUUCAGAACCCACAGCCGGACCUGGAGGCUCAGAUUCGUGACAUCGCGACCAGAGAAGGAGUCACACUCCCCAAGACAAACCCACGGGCUCUCACAUCCAUCACCAUCUCCACCCGGAGGCGCUCCACUUCUCCCUCUCCCACCACGUCGCCUGUGCCGGAGCCCCUCCACCUGACCGAGCUGUCCACAGGAGGAGGCGGUCAGCCUGAAGAGAACAGGCAGCUCCACCCGACCAUGGAUGAAGAGACUAAGACGGACAGCACCAACCAAAACGUGAUUUCUCCGUCAGCUCCAGUAGAUCAGAAGAGGCAGGACGCAGUAGGAGGUCGGUUUGAAGAACCUCCGUCACCCUCACAAGGUCCAGGUGGAGACGACGAGGUGUCUGUCCAGUACCAAGCCACCUGUUCAUCCACCCCUGAACCUCCAACCAGGACAGGUCACAUGUCACACAUCCACCUCACUCUGUCCCCCAAAGCCAGCGACCACCACCCUGCUGCCGCCCGCUCGCGUGCACACUUCGCCUCCGUCAGACACUCGUCUCCUGCCUCCAGCAGCCCGGACGAAGGCGUCGGGUCAUCCAGUCCGCUGGAGUGGUACGGCAACAGGGAGCCAAUCAGAGGGCGAGCCGACACCUCCACCCUGUUCAAACCUGCUGCGCCUCAGGGGAGAGUCACCUCCACCUCCUCACCGUCCUUCACAGCACGUCACAGAGGUGUGGAGACCGGCGAGUCACCAGCUGCUCCCGUCCUGCUGCCGUACAAACCUCGCGGCAGCCACGAGCUCUUCUACGUCCCGCAGACGGAAGCCGACCCGUCUGACACGACCAUGGAGAGCUCGCACACAGGUUCAGACGACGCCGUCCCGCCUCGUUUCAGCAGCGAAGUUCUGGGGCACCGUGACCCGGGUCUGGACCGAGGAGUCACCAUCAGACACACAGAGGGGAUCUACAGCAAGAGGCUGAAGACAGACAGCUUCAAGAUGAGACAGGACGAGGACGAGGAGGACGAGGCUGCACACAGAGGCGUCUCAGCAGACAGAAGACUUCUGGCGUCCUCUCAGGUGUCUGUCAGCCGAGUGCAGGAAGUCUCCAGGACGGACUGGGGGACCGGCCCACUGCACGUCCUCACUUAUGAGUCCGGUCCUGAGAGACCAGAGCCGCUGCACGUGGACCAGGUCUCGGCCCGUCACCCGGCCCGGCCCAGCAGCAGUCUGGACCAGCUGUGGCUGAAGUUCUGUGAGCGGUGGAGCCUGGAGGAGUCCCAACCGACCAAUGACAGAGAGGCGUCGCUGCUGGAGCGGCUGGAGCGCCUGUCCCGUCUUCUCCACAGCACAAAGGGUGGAGACGUGUCCGAGGCAGUCUGUGAUCCAGAGGACAGGCUAGGAAGGGGGACAGGAGGACAGAAGGACACAGAGGUGAGGAGCAUUGGUGUCCCAGGAAGAAGUGGACAGGCCAGGACGCAGCGCCUCCACCCUGCAGACGACGACUCCACCUCCAGCUUCUCUCACUCCUCCCAGAGCGAGCGCCUCGUCCUCCCUGCAGACAGAGACGAGUGGGACACCUCGUCCACCACGUCCAACUCCAUGUCCACUGUGGACACGGCGCGGCUGAUCCGAGCCUUCGGCGCUCACAGAGUCCGACACCUGAAGACGAGCUCCACCCUCAGUAAACUGUACGACACCAUCAACAAGCAGAGAGACGGGCGGGAACAGAGGAGAGGGAGACAGGUCCCGACGCCAGACAGCGAGUCCACGGUGUCAUCUAGCAGCACUUCCACCCUCCCACCACAGCACGGCGCCUCCACGACGCUGGCUGCUAAGAAGGUCGUUAAAGUGAGCAGAGGCAUCCAGGCAGGUGACCUGGAGCUGGUUAAAAACAGGACUCGACGUCACACCAGAGAUGUCGGCACCACGUUCCCGUCACCUGGUGAAGCGUCUUCAUCAUCCAGCUUAGAGCGAGGAGGAGGAGGAGGGCGGAGGAGCUGCUCUAAUACUGAGAGGAGGAGCAGGAGCAGCCCAGCAAAGACGCUCCCUGAAGGAGUCUCCUGGUUCAUCUCAGCUGACGAGCUCAGGGCGGAGGCGAGGAAGGAGAACCGUCCGGAGGAGGAGGAGGUGCCGAGGAGGCCGAGCACCGCCUGGUUUAAACCGUACAGCAGAGUGAGUCUGUGGAGAGAGCCACUGAAACAGAGACAAGUCCACCCUGAACCAGAACCAGAACCAAGAACCAAACCCAGGUGGUCUGGACCGACCCGCAUCUCUCUGCAGUUCUCUGUCGUCCUGCAGGAGGCGCUGGAGCUGCGGCGCCCGGAGUUCAUCUCUCGGUCCAGGCAGAGGGUGGAGCGCCUGGCUCUGCAGGCGGAGGAGAGGAAGCUACAGGAGGCCUUCAGCAGAGAGAGGCACGGACUGUUCAGCCGGGCCGGACGACCCGAGAGGCCGCAGAGGCCAGCAGGCGGCGCUCAGCUGACGAGAGCGGUGCCGAGGAAGGAGAUGAUCCAGAGGUCCAAACAGAUUUAUGAGAAUCUUCCCGAGGUCCAGAGGAGGAGAGAAGACGAGCGAAGACGAGCCGAGUAUCGAUCGAACCGACUCAACGCUCAGCUGUUCAACAAGAGAAUCACCGGUCGACUUCUGGGCAGGAGAGCGUGGCAGUGAAACAUGAAACAUUAAAUCAGUGACCUGAACACUUUUUAUUUAUUGGAUGGAAUCAUGUCAGAGUCAUUUUUUAGAUUUUAAAAUGUGUUUGAACUUCAAAUAAAUCAGAUUCUUCAAAUGUAUUUGUUGUUGAUUGAAGACAGCGGAGGCCGACAGGCUUGAAUAUCUUUAUUGAUCAGUUAUCAGAGCGAAGCCACACGAGGAAACGUUAAGACGAGUCAGAGCACGAGGAA